AUGCAAAUAGAAGCUGAGAGCAACAUAAACAUCUAAGAGAUUUACGAGUCCAUGGUGAGCCAAUAGUUUAAUAUUGCAAUAUUGAGACAAUGGGAGAAGGAAUGGCUAUUGGAGAAUUACUUGUUUCCUCAGAUAAAGAAUAAUGAAUAGUAUCUUUAGAAUAAUAAGUAGAUUAUCAAAAGAGCUUGUAUUUACUACGAUUGCGAUUUUAAACUUAAAAUAGCUUGAGCAAAUCAACAUCUAGGAUAGUCUUCAAGAUUAAGAGAUCCUUUUGAAGAUAUUUAACUACGUAACGAAAGGAUUACCAGAUUUUAAAUCUUUAUAAUUGGAGGAAAAAUAAUAAGUUUAUACAUUUUUAAUGCAAUUAUUUUGUAUGCCAGAGACUCAAUUUGUACAAAAGGAAUGUUAUAAAUAUUUAUCCUCAGCAUUACUAUUGAGUUCGAACAAAAUAGUAUAAAAUCAUAUGUAUAUCAAUAGUUCUUGAAGUGGCAUUUCUUGAGAUACCCAAAGAUGGUGCAAUCCUACAUGAGUGCUUUGAAGGUCCAAGGAGGUAGUUAGAAGCCAGAAUCAUUGUUCAUACCAAAUAUAGUGUAGGACAUGAUUUAAAUAAUAUUUUCGUAUCCAAUUAGCGAGGCAAAUUUUAAGGAAAACGAAGAGUUAAUACAAAUAGAAUCUUAAAAUCAAUUUAGAACAUUUCUAGAGAGAAAUUCUGCUCCACUUCCGACUCCUAAACACAUUAUCAAAGCAUAGAAUGAAAAAUUAUUGUACAGAAAAGUGACACAGACUUAAAUGAGAUACCUUAAAUGUAUUGAGAAAUUUGUAGAUUUUAUGAUUUUGUUAUUGAGUUCAAUCCCAACAAGGAAGUUCUUAAAGAUUUAUUUGCUUUCAACAAAUAUACUACCCUAUUUGAAAUGCACAUUGCCUUAAUAUCAUUCAUGUGUAUUGUAGACUUUGGUUUAAUCAUUUGAGCAUUAUUUAACAUAUCCAAUAAAUGAUUAGGAUGGAGAAGUGCUUUCACUAAAAGAUUAGUAAGUAAUGUAGAAGGAUUUCUUAAAGAAAUUACAGACAGUGCUUUACAAAUAGUUUAAAUUCAUGGUAUAGCAAAAAGAAUUGGAAGAAUAUCAAUUCAUCAAAAAUUUAAGAAGAUCAGAAAUAGAGAAACUAUUCUAGAUGAUGAUAUUGGUGUUCCCAAUUGAUUUAUAACCUAAAUUGUAUGAACCUGGAAAGAACUUUGAUUUUCUUAUCUAAGAAGUAAUGAAAGCUGCUGCACCUCCUCCUUAUCUAAACCAUUAUCUCAAAGACACUCCUCUCAUACCUAAUGAAUAGAUGAUUUGGGAUUAUAAACACAUCCCUGAAGAAUCUAAAAGUGGAGUAUUAAAAUAAGUCUUGGCUUUGCCCAAAUUGAACCUAUAGUUUCUGUGUUUUGAGGAUUACUUAGAAAGAAAUUAUAAAUUAUUUAAACUUGAAAGUGCAUUUGAUUUGAGAAAGGAUUUUGAGGACACAAUAAUCAGAAUGGAUCCAAAGUUUGAUUAAAAUGGAGCAUUUAUUUACUUCAGUGGAUGGGCUAAGGCAGCAACAGAAGUGAUUAAGUUCAGGAUUCAUGAAGUAUAGACUCCUGAAAUCGGUAAGAGAAUCCCAAGGAGAGUAUAUGGAGAGAUACAAUAUUCAGUUGAAAGGAUGGCAUAGAAUGUAAGGAAGGAUUGGGAUAGCUUAAAGAAACAUCAAGUUGUAUUUUUGAUAAGUUUUAGAAAAGAGAUCGAUAUGUAGGAAUUUUAGAGUGAACUAAGUGAGAGAUAGAAUCUAAUAGAUUAGAUUGAGGAGAAUGAGGGAUGCAAGUUGUUUUGUGAAAAAUAUGGUAUUAGAGCAAUUAGAGGAGCUGAAAUAGAAUUGGUAUAUGAUGAAAGAAGGAGAGAGAUCUUAGAUUGGGAAGAACCAGAUCCCUCAAAGAAAUUCUAAGGGAAUUUAAGAAUUCUUCACGUCUUUUUGGAUCCAGCGCAAUACCAAGACGACAUUGAUUGUAUUAAAUUAAAUUAAUUGUUUUAGCUGGUAUCAAUGCAGAAGGUGAAAUCUAUGGGAAUUUCAAAUUGUUGGUUAAAAGAAAUCCAAAAGAAAAUAACUUCAAAGCAAUCCUUGGAUCAAUCUAAUAAGUCAUAAUGCAGAAACCUGAGUUACCCUAAUUUUUAGAUGAAAUUCUUUUGGGAUAUGGUGUUGAAGACAUCUCUUCAUCCUAAUAUUAUAUGAAGAAUCACACAAAUAGUGUUAAUUUCAGCCUUAGAGAUACCAUCAUUGAUUAAGAACACUAUGAUGAUGUGAUCUAAUAAAAUUCAUUCAUUCCAGAAGACUUGAAAUCGAGAAUUACUUUUGGUAAUGCGAAUAUUAGAAAGAGAGUAAACAACAUUAGAUUCACUAAGCCUUAAAUGAAUGCAAUAGUUUCAGCAAUGUAUCCAGGACUGACAUUAGUGGUUGGUCCUCCAGGAACAGGUAAAACAGAUGUAACUGUUUAGAUUGUGAAUCUACUCUAUAAAAACUUCCCAAAUGAAAAAACUCUUUUGAUUACUCAUUCCAAUCAUGCAUUGAAUGACAUCUUUUAAAAAAUAUCAAAAAUGGAUGUAGAUGAGAAACAUAUGUUAAGAUUAGGUAUUGGAGUCAAAGACUUAAAGUUAAGUAAGACUUUUUCAAGGGAAGGGAGAAUCGAUCAUAUGUUAACAAGAAGAUUGCAAUUGUUAGAAAUUGUUGGGAAAAUUUAAAAAAGUGUUCAAAUCAUGUUUUCAGAAGAGUACUCUUGUGAGGUCUCAGAGAUUUUCUUUAAAUUACAUAUUCAAAGACUGUGGGAUAAUUAUAAAGAUAAGGUCCAAUCAGACCCCAAUAUGGUAUUUCCUUUUAAUACAUUUGUCGAAUAAAAUCCAUAGCUCUUUGAGAAGGCUUAAACAAGGGAAGAAUAAUAUAGAGUAAUUGAAGACAUAUUUGAACAAGUAAGAGAGUGUAGACCAUUUGAGUUGUUGAGAAACAAAAAGGAAAGAGGAAAUUAUAUCAUUUGUCACCAAGCCAAAAUUGUAGCCAUGACUUGCACUCAUGCUGCUCUUAAAAGAAAUAGUUUCUGUGAAUAAGACUUUUAAUAUGACAACAUAGUUUUUGAAGAAGCUGGAUAGAUAUUAGAAAUUGAAGCCUUCUUGCCUUUGACUAUGUCCUUAACUGGAAAACUCAAGAGAUUAAUCAUGAUUGGAGAUCAUAAUCAAUUGCCUCCUGUUAUUAAGAAUGUUAGUUUCUAAAAAUUAGCCAACAUGGAAUAAUCCUUUUUUAUAAGAAUGAUUAGAUUAGGAGUAUUUUAUCAUCAACUUACAGAUCAAGGCAGAACAAGACCAGAAAUUAUGAAGUUGUAUUCUUGGAAAUAUAAAGAAUUAAAUUCAUUGUAAUGUUGUCAUCCAUCAUCAGAUAAUUAAUUUGGACAUGCCAAUGCUGGAUUUUGCAAAACCUUUUAAUUUAUUGAUGUCGAUUACAAAGGAGUUUAUGAAAAUAAACCUAUGCCAUAUUUCUACUAGAAUAUUGUCGAAGCUGAAUUCAUUGUUGCUACGUAAUCAUCUAUUAAUAUUCCUUAGUUACAUGUAUUUGGUCUUGAGAGGUUAUGAUCCAAAGCAAAUCACUAUUUUAACUACUUACAAUGGGCAAAAGAUGCUCAUUAAGGAUAUUAUUACAAGAAAGUGUUCCUGGCAUUCACUUUUUAGAACUCCUGAAAAGAUUACAACAGUGGAUAAGUUCUAAGGAUAAUAAAAUGACAUCAUUCUGAUAUCAAUGGUUAGAACAUCUCAGCCAGGUUACUUAAGAGAUAUUAGGAGAAUCAUUGUAAAACAUAUUAUAUAUUCCAAUAGGUCGCUUUUUCAAGAGCAAAAUUGGGUCUAUACAUUUUUGGAAACUUAUCAAUAUUUAACAAGGUACCAGAAUUGUAAUAAACAUUCUCACAAUUCGUGUCUGAACCACUACAUAUAUUGCCAAAUGAAGUGUAUAGAACUAAAAGGGCUUAUGAUGAUUUAUAGUUAGAAUAAUCUCAAAGUGUUAAUCAUCCAGAUUAAAUGUAUGAAAUAAUUAAGACAUAAUUAAUUGAAAGACAAAGAUAAAAUUCUAAUAUCGAGAAUCUAACAGAAAUACAAUAGGAAUAGGAAUUGUAGAGCUAAUGA